UGGCUGGCUGCUGGAGAAUUAACCUGCUGAUUGGAUAUUUGCGCUGCCGGAGGUUUGUCUUUGAAGCAGAGGGUGACGGACGUUUGAGGCCUGAAGCGGGAACGGAGGUGUGGAGGCAAGAAAAGAAAAAGAAACUGGUCAGAAAAAAGGAAAGCUUCCCACACUUGGACGGCCGUUCGCAGGAUGAUCUCCCUUGCCCUCUUCCCUCCACCUACCUGUGGUGUCACUCUGUAUGAGCUCAACAACGAGUUGGUCACCGGCACACAGUCUGACGAAGACUUACACAACUUCCACACUCAGGUUCUUGGAUUUGCCCCAGUGACCAUCCAUAGGGAGUGCCUGAAACCUCACGGCCGGUCUGAGCACAGUGCCAAGGCAGCAUUCCUCUCCCACAGCGAGCCGGUGUGGAAACGCAGCGCCAAUGCCUGGCAUGAUUCUGGAAUCUAUGAACUUCUGGAGGAGGUGAACAGAUCUGCUGAUGAAGUGCCGCACGUGCUGAGGACGGUGUCUGCGUUUGCUCUGACCCUCUGCCACUGGGUAUCAUCGCUCUACGGGUCGCUGUCUCCCCACCUCAGGCUGAGCACCGAGGAACUUCUUGCACAGUUCACACAGGUCACUGAUUGGAAGGAGGGUUGUCUCCGUGCCUUCGCCUGGCACCCCCACACUAACAAAUGCGCCCUCGCACUUCUUGACGACUCCAUACGCAUCUAUAGGGCCGGCAGUGACACAGUGCCCACGCUCAAACACCGGCUGCAGAGGAGUGUGGCGUGUGUGUCCUGGAAGCCUCUCUGUGCCUCGGUCCUGGCUGCCGGCUGUGACAGCGGUGUGCUGGUGUGGAACGUGGACCCCAACUCCCUCUCUACCAGACCCUCAUCAGGUUGUGCCCAGGUUCUCACCCAUCCCGGACACAGCCCUGUUACUUCCAUAGCCUGGUGCCCACGGGGAGACCUAUUGGUCACCGCUUCACCCUUGGACACCUCCAUGUUGGUGUGGGAUGUUGCCAUAGAAAGCUGUGUCCCCCUGCAGCGGGUUGGAGGAGGGGGUGUCACCUUCCUGGCCUGGUCCCCCGACAGCAGCAGGAUCCUGGCUGCCACCCCCGCUGCUGUUUUCAGGGUGUGGGAGACUCGGACGUGGACCUGUGACCGAUGGCCCACACUGAAGGGCAGGUGUCAGGUAUGUAACAGCAAACCAGUUCGGGUGACAGGGCAGGAUCGACAGAGGGGGAGAUCUGGGUGACAAAAUGGUUCAAAGUAAAUUGAUCAGCAAAGUACAUAGGUGUCAUCAUAUACAACUCUGAGAUUAAUUUUCUUGUGGGCAUUCACAGUAAAUGUAAAGAAACAAUAGACUCAAAGACCGACAACCAAUAUGUAAAAGACCCAACAAGUUCUGCAAAUUAAUACAAAAAAAUUUAGACAGUAAGGAAUAAAUCCUCAGAAUAAGGUGUAGAGUCCUUGAAAGUGAGUCCAGAGAAUGUG